AUGAAUCCCAAGAAGUGUGCAUUCGGGGUUUCAUCCGGUAAAUUCUUGGGGUUUCAAGUACACCAGUGUGGCAUAGAUGUGGAUCUUGAAAAAACUAAGGCCAUAAAUUCUCUUGCGCCACCUAGAAACCCAAAGGAAUUGAAAAGUUUCAUGGGAAGAUUAUCAUACAUUCGGCGCUUCAUCCCAGGCCUUGUUGCCACUAUGAGUGUGUUUACUCCCUUACUUAAGAAGGGCAAUCCAUAUGAAUGGAGUAAGGAAUGCCAAGAAGCCCAUUAG